CGAGGAGAAACAACAACAACAAUCGACAUAAAAAAGAAACAAAGAUAAUUUGGGCAGCGUGAAAUUGAAAACUAACGGACAAGUCACAAGAGAGUAACUAUUGAAAUAUGGCUUAUGCUCCGCCACCUCCACCACCCUUGAAGCGACCUUACCCAGGAGAUUGGGCUUCGCCAAGGCCAGCAAAGGAGCCAAGACCUCCUGGAACAGAUGAUUUCUCCGGCCCUGGAGGUCCCUGGGGUCCUAGUUACUCAGAAUAUGGAUAUUACGGUUGGGGAAAUCCAGACUACUCGGAAAAUUUAGGUUACCGUGGCAGUAAUACGAGCAGUAACAAUAUCAGUGUUGAUUUCACAGAUGACUACUCAGCAUUCUAUGGCAAUGAUGCCCCAAAACAACGUGGAGGGGGCAAUCAGAGAGGAAAUAAAGCAGGAUUUGGUAGAGGACAGUUUCAGACUGCCAUGAAGUCACCACAAGGCGGUAUGCAAAGAGGUCAAGGUCACCAGAAUAGGGGUCAAUUUAGUAGAGGUCAGGGAAACCAGAAUCGAGGCCAAGGGAACCAGAAUAGAGGUCAGGGAAAUCAGAAUAGAGGUCAAGGCAACCAGAAUAGAGGUGGCAACCAGCAGAACCGGGGAGGAAACAGAGGUGUACAGAGAGGACAGUUUAGGGGAAGAGGAAGAGGUGUGCAAAGAGGGAUGCCACCAAAUGUGUUCAGUAAUCCACGGGGUCGAGGCAGGGGAGGUAAUAAAGCUGCAGGAGCUGUUUUGGCAGUUGUUCCCCCAGUGCAUACUCUUGCCUCUGCAAAACCAGAUGUUCUGGAUAUCCAAAAUAUGUCCAUGGCAGAAAAGCUACACAGGUUCUGUCUGUUCCUGAGGAAUGAUGAUUCUAUCAAGAUAAAUGCUAUACAAACCAUCAUGAAUGCUAUUACAAGUUCAAAACUCGGACUCAAGGCUGUUUACGAGUCUGAAGAGCUUGCUAAGGUAGCAGGAAAGGCAAUGUAUACUGGUGUUCUGAAGCUGGAUGAUGUGUUCCUGGCUCGUGCAAUAAGGCCCAACAAGAAGGAUCUGAAACAGGAAGUGUUCCAGAAAGCUCUCAAUGUGAUGCUGUCAAUGACUGUGGCGGAGAUAUACAAUCUAGUGGAUCCUGGCACAGAAGCUAUAAGGGAAGAAUUGGACCGCCAGAUGAAGGCAGAAGAAGAGAUUAAGAAUGAAGGUGACAAGGACAUUGGAAGUGCCGAAGCGAAAUCUCUGGUUGGUGGAGACGUCAAAACAGUCUUGAUCCAGCUUAUCAGUGCUAUACAGAAGAUGAAAACUAUCCCAGAUAGUCCAAUUUCUGUCAUUGAACAAGCAUCUACUCAGGCUCAUAUACUUAUCAAACAUGAGUACCAGGUAGAUAUUACAAGAAUGAAGAAUGGCCGUCUCUACUGUAGAGGAAAGCUCAGUAUUGGACCGGUAGUGAUUGGUCGAGGGGCAGCAGUUACCAAGAAGCAAUGUAAGACAGACACUUAUGACAAAACACUGCAACGACUGAAAACUUUAGAAAUUCCAGAAUUGCUGGAAUCUGUACCAGAGGAACCAAUACCUGAUACUUGGAUGGCAAACAAAUCUAAAAGCAGUCUGCCAUUGGAAGAAAAGUUUGCUGAAUUGAUUCGAUGUUUGGGAACAAUGUCGUUCCGAGAAAGUAAUAUCAAUCAGAUAGACGUUGCAGCAAUGCAGAAUGGGAUCAUCCCGAUGGUCAUUUUUAAAAUGGAUACAAAGAAAGCUGACCAGAGUAGUAAUAUUAUCUGUGAACUUUACAUGGAGAAAGUGUUCAUCACGUCGACUGAGGGGACAUCGAGACGUGAGUGUAUGGCAAAUGUAUAUAACACUGCCUGGGAGGUGUUGACGUCGACAAGCGUUGAUACCCUGAUUACACAACACAAACAGAUAACUGAUGAGGAAAUUAAAGAUCCAGCAUUACUUGAUGUCAUUAUAAAAGGAUCAGGAAGAACGGUUGAAUCUAACACAGCUGGACUGAGACGAUUUGGGUACCAGAUAAAAGACAUCGAGGACCGCAAGCUCGAGGACCUGGUUAUAAUGGAGCACAGUGAUUGGUCGAAAGAUCGUGUGAGGAAUGCAUUCUGUAUACUACAGUUCAGCUGUAAUCAGAAUGGCAUGAUUCUACAAUGGGAAACAGAUGCCAUAAAGAAUAGCUACAGAUGUGUGUUUUCUGUGCAGAAACAGCUUCUAGGAGAAAGUUACGGUCACAAAAAAAUUCAUGCACGAAAUCUCGCAGCAACUGAUGCCCUCUUCAAGCUGUAUGAGACCCAGGAUGUGAUCAAGAUAUCAACUAGAAGUGAUGAUGAGAACAGAUGGAUACCUUGGGAGACUAUAACGGCUGCAGCUGAUAAACUGAGAGAUGAGAAUAUUGGAGAAGAACCUAUCAUCAAAAAUGACGAGUUUGGAAAUCCACUUCCAGAUGCUUUCUUGAUGAAAGUCCUUAAAAAUAAGUUAGAUGAAUUUGUGAAGAAUAAGGAGAAAGAUGAACUUAUCAUCGGGCCAGGAAUUGAGCUCACAGAAGGACGGGAGUUGAGGAGCUAUGCCCAUAGCUUCAAAUUGAAAUGUGACACAAUGCAGUAUCAGGGAAAGCCUUACUUAUUGAUUUACGAGAAACUAGGCUGGAAGGAACUUGUUGCUGUUCUUAAAGGUAGGGACAGGCCAUAUGGGAAAUUUGUUCUAGUAGACAAAGCAGAGUUACCCAAGUAUGAAGAUGUGAUGAAGAAUAUUAUGAAAGAUAUACCAAAAAUUGAUGAAGAGUCAAAUACAGAAUCUGAGAGCACAAAAGAAUCUGAGGGCACAAAAGAAUCAGAGAGCAUAGAAAUGGAAACAAGUUGAGUAUGUAAUAAGUUACUGGAAACUUAUAAAGGACAUCCUGGAAAGUUUUAAGUAUUUGGAUGAAACAUGUUUUGUAAUAGGGAUUUAAGAGUUGAUUUAACUAUGUUCUUUGAACAUUGUAUCUGUUGGGAAAAGUGUUUUAUCAUAGAUUUUCUAUUUGAACAUUAGAAAGUUAUUUUAGAUAAUUACAGAACAUUCAUUUUUUUAAUAUUUGAAAAAUUUUCUCAUCUUAUUUUGGAAAUAUUUUACUGUACACAUCAGUUUAUAAAGUGGUUUUUAUGUAAUUGUUCAUUUAAGUUUAAUUUCUGUUCAAGAAACAAUCAUGAAAUGAUUGUUAAAUCUGUGUACUAUUGAAAAUUUCCAAAUGAAAAAUCUGUGUUGUGAGUGAAUGAUAAAUAAAUUAUCUAAAAGA